GCCCCGAGAAAUGGCCACCGAGCCCCCGCGCUGCGCGAAGAGCAGCGAGGCCGAGCGGCUUCCUCGGGGCGUCAAGGUGGACGUGCCUCCUCCGAGCUCGGCGGCGGCGUCGACGACGACGUCGACGUCGGUGGACGGCGAAGAGGAUGGAGGGAGGGUCCGGCUCCUCAACGGCUGUGUGCCGCUCUCUCAUCAGGUGGCCGGGCACAUGUACGGCAAGGACAAGGGCGGAAUAUUGCAGCAUCCUGAUGGCACAGUCCUCAAACAGUUGCAGCCACCACCUCGAGGGCCCAGAGAACUAGAAUUCUAUAACCAGGUAUAUGCUGCUGGCUGUGAAGACUCUGUGUUUCUAGAACUCCGAAAGUAUUUGCCAAAAUAUUAUGGGACCUGGUCACCACCUACUGCACCCAAUGAUUUGUACCUGAAACUGGAAGAUGUGACACACAGGUUUAAAAAGCCAUGCAUAAUGGAUGUAAAAAUAGGUCAGAAAAGCUAUGAUCCAUAUGCUUCUGCUGAGAAGAUUAAGCAACAGGUCAGCAAGUACCCACUAAUGGAGGAGAUUGGGUUCUUGGUGCUUGGCAUGAGGGUUUAUCACAUCCAUUCUGACAGCUAUGAGACGCAGAACCAGCACUAUGGAAGAGGCUUAACAAAAGAGACAAUAAAAGAUGGUGUGGCUCGGUUUUUCUAUAAUGGAUACAAUCUGAGAAAAGAUGCUGUAGCUGCCAGUAUUCAAAAGAUUAGAGAAAUAUUGCAGUGGUUUGAGAGCCAGAAGCAGCUUAACUUUUAUGCAAGUUCCUUACUAUUUGUCUAUGAUGGCUUGUCUCCAAUGACAACUACGUGGUUAAAUGAUGUUACUCUGGGUGAGAAGAGAAGAAUGUCCAAGGGGCAAGUGCCAAGUGGCAACACACUGGAGUAUAACAACAACAUUCAUGUGAUCAAUUCUACAGAAAACAACAAGGUAGAGACCUCUGUAGGUAAAGGCUUCUCUAAAAUGUAUGCACUUCACAAAAGGCACCAGAGUCAAAUUUCACUAAAAGUUGAAAACGUGGAACAAGAUAACAUAUGGAAGAGCAGUGCUUGUUUUUCGCAAAAACAUUUGAAUGGAAAUGUUAUACCUCAGUUGGAAAAAGUUUUCUGCCACAUGCCCACUACUCAGCCAGAAAGUGCAGAGGUUGAAAUCAGGAUGAUAGAUUUUGCGCAUGUGUUCCCCAGCAACGCACGAGAUGAGGGCUACAUUCAUGGUCUGAAGAACUUAAUUACCGUCCUUCAAAAUAUUUUAGAUACCUAAUUUUUUUGCAAUGAUUUCUAUUGGGGGCCAAUUACAAUGAAAAGCAACAACAUUUCUGCACUUGUGAUCCUGUUAUAUGUUGGUUUGUAUUGUUCUACAUUUUACUUGUCUUUGUACUUUUGGUAGAAUGAUCAAGUCUUUUAUAAUCUUACUCAGGAAAAUUAUUCUGUUUAGUAAAAUAAGAGAGAAGCUAAUGAAAUUUAACUGGUGGUUGUAGGAACUUUCAUUUAACAAAUGAAGUUUACCUGAGUUUGGGGAAUAUUGGAUAAAAUGAUUGAGUUUUCUCAUACCCUUAAUUGUUUUAGCUUAAUUAAACUCUGUUCAUGCAGCCAGAACACUGAGCCAUAUCUCUAACGGGUUAUUAAAAGAAUAUUAGAAUAUUAUCCUUGGGUGUUUACCACAUCGUUAAAACUGGAGUUAAUCCUAUUUCUGAGAGAUAAAUACCUAAAAUCUGUUUUCUAACUGAACCAGCAUUUUUAGUGAGAUGUGAUCAUACUGCUGCAUUCUUAAAACUGGUUAGGAGUGUUCAUCUCUUCAUGGCUAAACUUAUAGUAUAUUCUUACUGUGUAUUAUGUAGGUGCUAUUGAAGUAUUUUCAAAGACUGUAAAAUAGGUGUCAGCCAUGUAAAAGAGGAAAAGAAACAUGCUAAAUGCUGUUUUGAACGUCUUGUGUUUCAGAGGCCCUAUUUUGUUUAUAAGAUUUAUAUUUAGGUACUCAAGGUGUCUUUGGAUAUUGCAGUGAAGCAGCAAAACUAAAUAUACGUGUUCAUAUCUGAAAUCACUUACUAAAAUAAGAUGAUGAAUUGGCCAUUUUUUUUGGUGUGGGCAAUUAAUUUUAUAGGGUUAGUUUCAGACUUGCCCCUCCAUGAAUGAAAGGUCUCUUUCUGUUUGCAGGGGGGAACUGGGAUCCAGCUAAGGCUGUCAUUAAAGGAGAGAGGUGAGGCAAUGACUUUCACUGAUUUUUCUCUUCACCCCCUCCAGAACAAUGUGGAAGGUGGCACUGGGGGCUGCAGAGUGAAAGGAGAAUCUAUGAAAAUUGCUGUCCCACUCCCUUUCUCCAACAGAACUGCACUGGGCACAAGUCUUGAUCCAACCCAUAUGGAAUAGGUAGAAAUUAUAUUUAUGUUGAGUCACACACACUGUGACAGCGUUUCUCAACUUGGUGCCUCCAAAUGUGUUGGACUAUUUCCACCAUCCCCAGCCAGCAUGGCCAUUGGGCAUGCUGGAUGGGGAUGAUGGGAGUUGCAGUCCAACACAUCUGGAGGGCAAUACUUGGCAAAGAUUUCUCCCUGAUUGUGAUGAUUUCAAGAGGAUGCUGUUGGAUAAGAUAUCUAAAGAGUUCUCUGGGCCUAGUUAAAAUAUAACGUUAAACCAUGAUGCAGACAAGUAGGCAUGAGCCUCAGGUUUAUGCGCUCUCCCUUCCCUCUUUUGCAUGGGAGAAGUUUAAGGCUCAUAGUUUUGAACAAAUUGUAGUUCCUUUUACAUUCAAAUAUGGGAAACUGGUUAGUUCAAUCAAACUGGCUUAAUAUCCUGAUUUGAACAAAACCCUAUUUCCAGGGGUAAUGAGAAACUACAAUUUUGUGAACCGCCCAGAGAGCUCUGGCUAUUGGGCGGUAUAGAAAUGUAAUAAAUAAAUAAAUAAAUAAAUUUGGAACAAACCACAACUUGAAGCUUUAAACUUCCCCUUGUGCAUAAAGGGGAGGGGAGAACAUGUAAGCCCAAGCUUUGAGCCUGCUUGUCUUAGUGUUGCAUCUGAACCUGGCAUUAGUAUAGACAAAUAUUGGGCUGGCAUAAAAAGACUUGAUUUAAUUUUAUGGCAGGUUUUUCUUUCCGCACACACACAUGACGAAAAGGCAGUAAGGAGAUUGGGCAAAUAGAAUGGCUACUUGCAAUGCACGACCCACAUCUACCAUUAUGAGCAUAUUGCGGAAUGUACGUGGCAUAGAAUUGUAUUUAAAAGGCCAUUUUCUAAUUGUGUCAGAGAACAAUAUGCUUAUGUUCAAAUCUCAAGUAACCAAGGAAACUAUCACUGAGCAUGCGAAGUUAAUGAAAGUGCCAGGUCACAGCGGUAUUGCAGGGGAAUGUUUCAAUAGACACUUCCUGUUUCCUGCAUUUGGUUUUUUUGGACUGCUUAAACAGAACCUUCUUCUAGCGUCUUACAGUAUAUGCUAAUUGGACAAAAGUCACUAUCAAAAGAAUUGUGUUUUCACUGAUUACGGUUCACUAAAAUAUUAAUUUAAAUUGGAAGCAAAAUAUGGUAAAUAGAAAUAGAUUUACUUAAAAAUAUAUAUUUUAUAUUUCAAGUGUGUUGAUACAGAAACAAAUGCUAUAUUGAUAAGCAAUUUUAUUAUAGGUUAUAAAGAGAGCCUUAAUAAUAAAAGCCAAUAACAAAUAUUUAAAAGUGAUACUAACUUUAUGGAUGAUUAGAGGAAUUCUAUGAAGUAAUUUAAGCCAUAUUCUGAAAAAACUUAUUAUGCUAUUUUGUCCUAAUCAGUUUUUUUUUCUUGUGGGUAGCCUAUUCUAUAGUACUCCUGUUCUCGUUGACAGUUUUCUGUUAACACAGAUAUUUUUAUAUAUAUAAAAAGUGAAAAUGUCUAGUGUAGGCAGAAAGUAUUUCUUGUCAUACGCCAGUGUGAAUAUAAUUUCAUAUCUUGUGCUCAAUAGUAUUAGUACUAUAAUUGUUCAUUGCUGUUUUGCUUACAAUAUUUAAAUUAUCUAGAACAUGAUGGAUCACAUUACAGAAAGGACUCACACCUAGUUUUCAGAUUUUAUAGUUGGAAUCAUUAGACUUACUGAAUAAAAAGAAGUCUUUCCAUUUGGAAAAUAGAGUACUUUAAACUGGAAACUGAGAAAAGCUUGGUGUAAUUAUGGAAGUAACCCACUUGAGUUUCAGCUAGAGGAACACAAAUUCAGAUGGAUUUUACACACUGAUGUCUAAACAGUUCUGAAAUUAACCUUUUAUAAAUCUCACUGGUUAAUAGAAAAGGGGAUAAAAACUCUAAAUGUUGUAGUAUGGCUUCCUUUACUGUAGUGCACUCUCUAUUCCCAUGAUUUAUUAGCUAAUUCCAUCAUUUCCGUUCUGUAAUUUCCUGUUCAUAGGAAGCCGUUUAGAGUGAUACCCAAGUAGCAUAAACUUCAAGACAUAAUUGUGAAAGUCGUCUUUAUAUUUCCUGAUGCUACAGCUUCUUGUGUAUGUUAUAGCUCUGGUUUGUAUAGAGAUCCGGCACACGCAGAGUCUUCCCUAUUCGCAUAAUGGAGGAAGCAACGUGAUGGUUCCUUUAUUUUGAACGCACAGAGCUGCCUACCUCUAACUGAAGUGAAUAUGAAAGCCUGCAUAUUAUGAGACUUUGUAUAUGUAUCAAAGCGCCUACCAAGCUUGGAAUUAGAACCCUGCAUGGAGUAAAGAGUAUAUAUCAGUGUCUGAUGUAAACUGUGAUAAAAUUAAUGGGUAUUUCUUUGGAAGGAAAAAUAGUAACCAAUUAACAAUGACUCCACAGCUACAAUCAGAGUAAAUGACACUGAGUUUGAAAAGUUGACUCUUGUCAUAAAGGCAGGUUCUUAAAGUAUUGCUUCUAAAGUGUUUAUGAAAAUGCUCCUUUUAAAUGUGUUAUAUGGAAAAUUAUGUACAAUCUUACCUGAUAAGAAUUUAAAAUAUAUAACUUUUAUAGCAAAACAUUUUCAUUCUUGGUAUUUUUGGAUAUUAGUGGUUCCUGUUGCAUAGAUUCAAAUGAAAUUUAAGAUAAUGGUAUUAUGAGAUGUUUAAAAAUAUUUUAACUAACUAGUUUUACAAAACUAUAAAAUUGUGUAUAAUCGUAUUUCACAUGAAGGUUGUAUUUUCAAACUGAAAUUAUUUUUGUUGUACAGGAAAACUGUAUUUUUUUGCUUAUCUCAUACAUUGCAUACCAUUCCAUAUGAGAUGCUUACAUUUUAGGAAGGGACUAUUUUCACAGUGUAUAGGUCUAACAAACAAUUUGGCAGAUUACAAUAUGAUCCAAUGUAUGCUUACCUGGAAGUAAAUCUCCCUGAGUUCAGUGGGACUUACUCCCUAAUGUGUGCGUAAGAUUGUUGCUUUCAUCUGCAUAGUAGAACUGAAUAAGGGUUAAAUAGGAAUGUGAGUGGUUUGUUGAAGUGUAAAGUGCUGCACAAAUUUUGUGAGACAUGUAUUCAGUAUCAAAUACUAAUUUAGGAAGAAAGAAGGGCACAACCACUAUAGGUCUUGAACCUAAACCAUUUUAAAAUGGAACCUUUUAAAGGACUGCAGCUAGUACAAAUUAACUCCUUUCUAUCUGUCCAUAUUAACUAUUUUAAAUUAUUUUUAAAUGUUUUACACUUUGCAAUAACCGUCCCUGCUGAGUGCCUUCUGCUUCAGGUUUGGUACCUUUUAAAUGACCUCACAUAGCAUCUAAUGUGGUGUAAUAGAAUGCUUUAAGGGAGAGUUUGAUUAUAUUGAUGUCCCACUAUUUAGGGAGCAUUGCUCUAAUAUUUUAUAUUCUGUUUAUCCUAAAAAAUAGUUCAUAUAGAAAAUUGUCAGACUAUGUGCUCAAUUUCAAUAUUAUAGUGACCCUGUUCAGACGACAUGCUAAGCCAUGGUAGUUAAACAUUUUGAGCUAAACAUUAUGGCUUAGCGUGUUGUGUGAACCAUUCCUAACCAUGGUGGCUACACAACCACGGUUUAAACAUGCUCACUAACCGUUUGCUGCAAAAGGGUUAGCGGCCUAACCAUGACUUAGUGCAUUGUCUGUACAGGCCCAUGAAUCAUGAGCGAAUUGCAUAUUCUGAACUCAACCCUCCUCCACCCCAGCUAGAAAUUUCCCCUUAUUAAGGGGUGUUGUCUGGCUCUGCAUUUAUCAACCAAGAAACCAAAAAGGUUGAGGAGAUGUGGCAUCUGUAGCAAUAGUAACUUGGGAGCAGGGCACCGGGAAGUGUGGGAAUUAGGGCCUUACCCGACCUCCUGAACUGUUUCUCAAGUGGCCCUCCUUCAGAAUUAGUUGCUGACCAGUGACAUGCUGCUGUCAUUCAAAAAACUGGGAACUUAAUACACAAAUCAUAUGCAGUUAUGUGUCUUCUUGGUGCUGAACAGGAAUAAAUGAAUUUGCAUUUCUGAAAAGGCAGGAGGUCCCCAACUAUCUGACUGUGAAUCGGUCCUUAGGUUUUAUGAAACUAGCUGUAUGUGAGUCUCUUUGAAAUAAGCUUUUAUAGCAUAAUGCAUGGAAAGUGAUUUGAAGAUUCAAGAGUUUAGCUAGAUGAGGUAGCAGUAAAUUUAUAAUUCAGACUGAACCAAACACUUAUUUCCUCGAAGUGUAAUUCUUGCAGAUCAUGUCCAUUCAGAAGCCUUACAUUUAAUUUUGUUUUGCCUGUUUUGUACCCAUUACUUAUGUUCAUAAACCAUUGAAUUGGAACAUAGAAUGGUGAACCAUUCAACUGUGAAAUAUUCCAUUGCAUAUUCAUGAACUAAAUACUGCACAUUUGUAAUUGUGAGUAACAGUUUUGUUAACUGAAAAGUUAAUGCACAUUUAAAACUUUCAUACUAUGAACAUUUGUACUACUCUUGGCUUAACAGCAGUUCUGAUUAGGUUUUAACAUACAAAUAGGAAGUUAAUUUCUUUUGCCUUAGUUUUGUAGAAAUGAGUCUGUAUAUUUAGAGUUUAUCAUUGCGUUGUAGAUUAAUCUUUAUAUAAAAUCCAGCAACAGGAAAGAGAAAGGAACAGUGGUAUUGGGAACAAAUGUACAUUUACACACAUUGUCUAAAUCACUGUCUACAUAUGCUUUUAAAACAUGUAUAAAUAUUGGCACUGGAUAUAAAAUAUCUCAACUGGCUGAACUGACUUUGAACUAAAAUGUCCAAAUAUGAUGAUAUUGCACACCUGAAUAUGAAUGAAACCAGAGUGCACAUAAGCACUUUAAUACUCUGGGAAUUGUACUGGAAAAUAUAUGGAAGCAUGUGUAAUUGCACCUAGAGCUGUGUAAACUGGUGGU